GACCUUCACGGCUCCUCCCUGACUUCCUUGUCCUGAUCCGGAGCAUCGGGGGAAGUGAAAGCCCACUUGGCCCUGAGAGGAGCUCUCCGCGUCCUGUGUGUGCUCCUGAGUGUCCAGCGAGCACCAUGCAGCCCCUCACCCUGCUGUGGGGCUGUCUCCUGAUCCCAGGUUGUAGAGCCCUGAUGGGCCCGAAGGAGAUCAGAGGAUUUGAAGGUGACACUGUAUCUCUGCAGUGCACCUAUGAGGAGGAACUGAGGACAUACAAGAAAUAUUGGUGCAGGAGGAGAGGGUUCCUUUUCUCCCGCUGCUCUGGUGCUAUCUACGUGGAAGGAGAUGGCCAGGAGAGGACGGAGGGCAGGGUGUCCGUCCAAGACAGACCCCGGGAGCUCAUACUCAAAGUGACUCUGAGGAACCUCACUCUGCAGGACGCUGGGAAUUAUUUCUGUGGGGUCAAAAAAUUGGGCCCUGAUGAGACUUUCAUGGUCUCUCUGCUCAUCUUUCCAGAGACAAAACUGGCAUCAGGAAGGGUGGCCCGGAAAGGGCAGGCUGGCGGGCAGCUGGGCACAAGGAAUUCUGAAGGUCCGAGUGGGAGGCCACAGGGACCACAGGAGGGGAGGCCAGCAAUCAGCUGGAAUCUAUCAUCGGUGGCUCCAGGUCCCUGCUGUCCUCUCUCCCCCGCUCCCUCCUUUCAGCCUCUUGCUACAAACAGCCUCCAGCCCAAGGCAAAAGCUUGGCAAACUCAGCCCCCAGGAUUGACUUCUCCUGGUCUCCACGCAACAGUAACCACAGCCCAGCAGGGGAAGACAGGGGCCGAGGCCUCUCCAUUUGCAGGGACCUCCUGGCACCGGCACACAGGAACCUCCCCACACACAGGAACCUCUCCGUCCGCAGAGACCUCUCCUCAUGAAGCAAACUCUCCUCAUGCAGGGACCUCCCAUCCAGCCUCACCUCUGGACCCCACCUCAGCAGAAGACGCCAGUGUUGUCUCCAGCAGCAGCUCCAAGUCCAGGGUGCAUGUCCCAAUGAUCCGAAUCUUGGCCCCAGUCCUGGUGCUGCUGACCCUCCUGCUGGCCGCAGGCCUGGCUGCCCUUGGCAGCUGUGUAUUCCGGUGGAGGAAGGAAGCUCAACUGGCCACAGAGGCACAGAGGAACAAGAAGGUCCAACUCUCACACUUGAAUCGGAAAUAGAGGCUCAGAGAGGAUAAGUAACUUGCCAACAGCGACCCAGCCCUAAAGAGGCAGAAUGAAAACCAGCUGAGGUCUGUGGGACUGACUCAGUGCCCUGGGCUUCCUCCACCUCUCCACACUGAAAUACAAGGUGUCUGAGGAAUGGCGCCUACUCUUUGGCUCAGGAUUCUUCUCCCAGACUCAGGAGAAAGCCAUCCUCAGUCCAUGAACGUGGGGCGGCCGUGGCCCCUGAGUCCCGGUAGAGCCCAAGUGGGAGUGCUGGGCUUACAUCAGGACUUGACUCUCGCUUCCCAAAGCUUCCCUGCUUCUCUGCUACUAUUUUUCUAUUGCCAAGAAGCAGAGGCGCUCGGGUAUAUCUUGUAUAUUCAACCACCCAGAAUAUGCCUCUGCACCAGCUGAAACAGGCCAAUUAUCCACAGCGUGGGCAGAGGGACCAAUGAGAAAUGUAUAUUGGACACAGGGUAGUAGUUCUGACCACUGCCUAUGUGUGUGGUUUGCUCUCUGCCCCAUGAGGGUCUUGGCUUAAAUUCAGUCAUCCUUGAGUAGGUGACACUUCUGUGGCUGCUGGAGGCCAGUGGUCAGCAGUGGCUGGGUUUUGUCCAAAUCACAAACCUGCAAAUAUGGGAUUCAUGGGAAAUGGAUCUCAUGUCAGGGGCCCUUUGGGCUAGCCCCAGCCCUGGCACAUCCUUACCACAGCAAGGCUGGGAGAGAGAGUGGCCAUGAGUGACAGCAUUUGUGAAAUCUCCUUCCUCCUUCCCUAGUCCCUCAGCCCCUCAUCCACCAAGUGACAGCUUACAAAGGAAAGACUCCAACAGCCACCUCUGCCCCCAUCCCCUGCAGCCAGGGCACUGAUAGAAGCAGGGGUCCAGUUGUAGACAAGGGACACUGAGACAAAGACAAGAGUGCAGCCUGCCUUACCAGGAUGGCAGCUAUAGGAAAAGAGCUUGGGUCUAGGGUCAGAGAGUCUCUGGACAGACCUCAGCUCAGCCACUCACCAGCUGUGUGAUGUCCGGCAAAUUAUAUCACCUCUCUGAGCCUCGGUUUUCCCAUCUCACAGGGUUGUGGCCAGAGAGAGAGAGAGAUGAGAUGCCCCCCAGUAGGUGUCCAGAAAAUGGGAUCUUCUUUCUUUGGUUUCAGUGCCCGUCGGGCCAUGGGACUUGCUGGCUGGGGCACCCCAGGGCAGUUGUGUCCUUGGGGGCCUCGGCGGAGGCCUUAGCUGGCCCCAGCCUCAGCUCUGCCCAGGGGCUGGCGCGAGGGAGUGGGAGAUGGAGGAGCCUGGCCUU